AUGUCUGCAUCACUGCAACUAUCUAAAGGUGAUAAUUUUACAGAAGAAACUAAAUUAAUUCCGAAUGAACAAGAAUGUGGCAAUUUCAAGGUAGAUUUGUUAGCCGGGCAUUCAACAAAUAAAACACAAGACUAUGAGAGUGAUUCUGAAACUUCAAGUGAAGACGACGAGGAAGAAGAUACUAGUGACGAUGAGCGCAAACUUGCAGACAAUCCAAUUUUAAAAGAACGAUUACGACACCUGGAUAAGUAUGCGUCUUCCUUUCGUUAUGAUGCUGAACAGCAUCCAAACAAUACUGAUGUUUCUAACUAUAAUGAGGAAGUAGCAGUUGACUACAGACGUAUUUCCUCAGUUGAUGGAAGACAACAUAGUCAGAUGAUUCAUGAUUCCCUUUCUAUGCAAAAUUCUCUCGGCACUUCAAUGUCAAAUUCUAUUCCUACCGAGAAGAACCCUGCUUUAUCAUAUAGUGUUCAAUCCAUCGGUGGCAAUAUCGGUGACAUGCAUGCAAAGUUGGGUUAUUCCGAGUCCAACUACGAAAAUCAUCCCUCUGUUAACUCUAAUUCUCCCGACUCUCCUGGUGGUGACGCGGAGGAGUAUGAGUGCGAGGUGUGUGGAGCUAUCUACACCAAUCGUUCUUCACUUCGUAGUCACUUAAAGAAGCAUUCUGGACAGAUUAUUAAACGCCACCAGUGUACACAUUGCUCUUACUCAACUCAGUAUGGUAAAAAUCUCUCCAAACAUAUUGAAUCUAAUCAUAUGGGGGCGGAGGAUUGCAAAUUUCGUUGUGAUUCCUGCUCUAUGAGUUUUCCCAGCGAAUCGGUAUUAAGAAAUCACGAGCAGACUCAUGGAACAAUGAACAAUUACCAGUGUGAAGAGUGUGGGCGCAUGUUUAAGACCAAAUUGCGGUUGAAGUAUCAUGCUGAUAUACAUAAUCCACGUAAACCUUAUAUCUGCGAUGUGGAGGGUUGUGAUCGGGCUUUUCGCACUCCAAAGUACCUUAAAAAUCAUCGCGAUGAGUUUCACCAUAUGCAACCUAAACAGUACUUCUGCCCCGUUGAAGGUUGUACUCUGGUUUUCCACCGAAAAACGCAUUUGAAACGACAUGUGGCAAAUCAUGAUGAUUCAGAAAAGAAGUUCCACUGCACUUGGCCAGAUUGUCAGCGCCGUUUUCGAACGAAAGAAUCUUUGGACAUGCACUACAGCAAACACACAGGCGAAAACCCAUUCCACUGUGAUCUUUGUCCCUUCAGUUGCCCGGAAAAGACCAUUCUGACUGAGCAUUAUCGUCAAAAGCACUCGAAAUCCUCCUCUUCUCUCAUGUCACCCGGAUCGAAUUCCUACUCAGCUCUACAUCGACCUCUUCCGCCACCUCCCGUCCUUCAAACCACUGCCAGUGGUGGGAUUCUUCCGGCGUCUGGUUCUGAUAUCAACGAGAUCAUGGGGUCAUCCCUUAACAAGGACGAAUCCAUUGAACUCUUUUCCCCUAACUCUCCUUCUGUCGGACAAAGUAAACCUUUCCAAAUGGCCCGAACAGCUUCCUCUGUGUCUGUUCCCUCAGCUGAUUCCCCAGACGGUCCCAAUGACCCUUCAUUGGCCAAUAUACUCCCAUCCCUUCUUGCUGUCCUUGAAAAAUCCUCUGGUAUGGACCCGAAUGCCCCUGAAUGGGAGAAUACUCGAGAGUACGCUAAAUCCCUUCUUCCGCCCUUUAUUACCGGUGAGGACUUGGCUGAACAAGUGAAUCAAGCGGCUGACGAAGUAAUAGCGAGUCUAGAGGACCAACCCAUUCAUGUUGUCCACGCAGUGUUUGCCUCAAGUCGACCACUUAACUCCGAUGAAUUACAGAUGGUGGAGACGCUAGAGAAUCAACUGGCAAAUAAUUCUGGUACUUCUAUAGUAGCCCCACCGCCGCCUAGGAAACGAGGUCGAAGACCAAAACUUCAACAACUUCUCCAACCUUACUUGGAACGUAUGUUUAAUCUGGAACCGAAUGCAGCAGAAGCAAUGGCUGUUCAUCUGGUCUCUCGACAUAACCCACAUUCCGGCUAUGCAAACAAGGAUCCCUCAAUGCGAGGCAGGGGUCGCGGAAGGGGUCGAGGUCGUGGACGUGGUCGGGGCCUUGAUGGUGUACAUUGGUUACCAGAAAUCGACGAGAGUGCUAACUAUGACAGCAACAACCUUCGUGGACAGUAUAUUGGUGCAGUAAGGCGUGGCGGACCUGGUUCAAGAGGUGGUCGUGGACGUGGUGCUUUUCGAAUCCAUCAGGCUAUGGACUACUCCAUGUCUAGACAGCAUGGCAGCCAAAAUGGUGAGGAUGAUCAAGACGAGAAUCGUAGGAGAGAUGAUUCUGAGGAUGAUGGUAGACGCUAUAGUGAUAAUGCAGAUGAGACUGAUCCCUCCGCCCAACUUCGCAGAACUCAAAACUAUUCUAGACAAAAGAUGCUCAACGAUUCGGAGGAAUUGGAAGAUGAACAAGAAUUGGAUAAUCUGGGAGUUGAUGAUGAUAUGCCUGGUCAGGGUCACUAUGAACAUGACGCAUUAGAUGAUCAAUCUAUGGAUUUGAGAAAAUCCACGACCUCGACACCUUACAACUCUGACAAUCCAAUGCGUCCACUCGGAAACCUGUAUCCAAUGGGUGUUUCUGCAAACCACCGUUACGGAGAGCGUACUUGUGAUGGCUUGGGAGAAGUUCUUGAAGAUCUUGGUUGUAUUUCGGGUCGUGGAGUGAUCCCGAAACGGGAGCGAUCAACUGCUCUCUAUCCUCCAGUAGAUCUUCAAGAUCAAAGAAACGGUGUGGAUGUUGAUGUCUGCUCACGAAGAAGCUCCGCUACUGCCACUCCUUCUCAUGGUCCUGUGCAAUUGCCCUCAAUGGCUGCUUUAGCGUCAAAUUCGACCUCCCCUGCUGAUCUUGCUCCUGGUUCAGGACGAGCCAAUCACGGUCAGAUAGGACCCUCUUCAGCCGCGAGUGCUUCAACAAUGUCGCCCCUUGUUGGUGGUUUGACAAACCCUAAUCAGCGACCACCCAGCCGACCUCUUGCUCAUCAGACCGGUGUUCCGGAAAUCGGCGGCCAAGUUACAUCUCCUGUUCUACAUUAUCCCUCAUCAACAACUGGAGGUGUUAUGCAUUGUAAUCCUCCUUCUGUUGGAGGCCUAGGUGGUAUGGGUCCCUGGUCCGAAUCUAGUUAUGGAUCCUCUAGUCAAGAGGCCUAUAAGCAACAACCUCCUCCAAAUGUAUUCCUACACUCUUCUCCAAAUACGGGAUCUCUACAGUAUCGUCACCAAGCUCAAGCCCAACAAGCUCAACACCAUCAAGGCAAUGUGUCUCCUGAGUUUCAUCACAUGCAAAGAGAACAGAUCUUAACCGCUGCUUCCCCAUCGCAGCGAAUGCUUUCGUCUAACCCCUACUUGGCACACCAGCAACAACAACAGCACCAUCAGCAGACUUCACCUGUUGGCGAUGCUGUAGACCACCUGAGAUCACUGUCGGCUCUCGGCGCGAAGUACACUCAACCAGGGGAGGAACCGAUCGAUUUAGGAGAUCAAGGGGAUUCCCAUACGAUGCCUCUACCUAUGCUGGCUCCUGGCUGCGGUGUACCGCCAACAUCUCUAGGUUCUCUUUUAUCUGUUACCCCUAUUGGUUUUUGUGGUCUCUUCAACACGGUUUUUCCUGCGUGCAGGAAAAAGGAAAGAGGAACAGAUGUAGAUGUAGUGGUAUGUGCUGCUGCUGAUGCUGAUGCUGCUGCUACUGAUCGAAAACGCGGGAUGCGUUUGAUUUUCCGUCCCAUACACAGCGAUACCGUAGAGGUGAUUCACCAUAACCUGAACUAG